UAACAGAUUUUUGGCGGGAGUAUUGCGAAAGACGGAAAAUGCCUGGAAAUUUAAAGUGCCAGUGUUGAAAAGUAUUGCUACAAAGACGUAUAAAGAAAUCUGUCGAGACGAGUGGAGUAAUAAGAUGGAAAUGUUAAAUGAAGAUAUUCAGAAAUUGAACAUUAGUGAGGACAAAGUAGUCAGUGAAAGUAGCAAAAGUUCAUCAAGUGCCAAUAGUGUGGACGAAGACUUCAAUGGGAACAAUCCAAAGAUGAAAGAAGUUGAAGAAAUCAGAAACAUGGAGAUGUAG